AUGUUGAAGCUGAAACAUUUACUGCCCUACAGAAGGCGAAUCUGGGAAGAUACAGUGGUGAAGCUGUUGAUGGGGAUCCCGCUGACAGUAUCUGUAGCUGACCCCAAUAAUGUCCCUCCUGUUGACCACCUCCAGUGGCGUUUGCCCUGUUCCUCGCUGCACCGCAAUGGCUGGCUCAUCCCGUUCUCCUGCUACCAGCUGUUUGACUUUGCUCUGAGCUGCCUGGUAGUAGUCAGCUCACUCACCUACCUGCCCAGGAUGAAGGACUACCUGGACCAGCUGCCCGACUUCUACAAGGACAACCUCCUGUCCCUGGACUCCAGCUGUCUGCUGCUCUUCAUCCUCAUUUUCUUCUCUGUGGGAAUGAUCUUACAGACCUGUUUCCCACAGGCCUACCUGAUCAAUUGUGUGUGGAACUGCUACAGAUACAUCAACAAUCGGACCCUGCCAGAGGUGGCUGUGUGUCCCUCUCGGUGCCUCUUGCAGUGCAUCCUGCCCACCUAUGAGAUGGCAGUGAAGAUACCAGAGGAAGAUCCCCCCCCCCCACCUGCCAGCGUGAGCCCCCCCCCUACCUGCCAGUGUGAAGCCACACCCCCCAGUCUAUCCAAAGUUACAAGCGGCUUGGUGCUUUCAUGGAACGGAGGGGUCUGA